UGUAGUCCGAGACGAGAAGAGAAGAGAAGAAAGAAGAAGAGAGGAGAAGAAAGGAGAAGAGAAGAGGAGAGAGGAGAAGAGAAGAGAGGAGAGAGGAGAGGAGAAGAGAAGAGAAGAAAGGAGAAGAAAGGAGAAGAGAAGAAAGGAGAAGAGAAGAGAGAAGAGGAGAAGAGAAGAGAAGAAAGGAGAAGAAAGGAGAAGAGAAGAAAGGAGAAGAGAAGAGAGGAGAAGAGAAGAGGAGAAGAGAAGAGAAGAAAGGAGAAGAGAAGAAAGGAGAAGAGAAGAGAAGAAAGGAGAAAAAAGGAGAAGAGAAGAGAAGAAAGGAGAAAAAAGGAGAAGAGAAGAGCAGAAGAGAAGAAAGGAGAAGAGAAGAAAGGAGAAGAGAAGAGAAGAAAGGAGAAGAGAAGAAAGGAGAAAAAAGGAGAAGAGAAGAGGAGAAGAGAAGAAAGGAGAAGAGAAGAAAGUAGAAGAAAGGAGAAGAGAAGAAAGGAGAGGAGAAGAAAGGAGAAGAAGAAAAAAAAGGAGAAGAGGAGAAGAGAAGAAAGGAGAGGAGAAGAAAGGAGAAGAGAAGAAAAAAAAGGAGAAGAGGAGAAGAGAAGAAAGGAGAGGAGAAGAAAGGAGAAGAGAAGAAAAAAAAGGAGAAGAGGAGAAGAGAAGAAAGGAGAAGAGAAGAGGAGAGAGGAGAAGAGAAGAGAAGAAAGGAGAAGAGAAGAAAGGAGAAUGUGGUAUUCAGGCUAAUGGGAUGAUCUGUGAACAGUAGUGAGUUAACACACUGUAAGAACAGGCGGAAACGUGGAAUUAAAACAGUAAACAGAGUAAACUGUGUUUCUGUGGAAGCGUUUCCUCAUAUAAUUUUAUUUCUGUGGCGUGUUUGGGUUUGAUGGAUCGGCUGCAGCUCAGGAAGCUCACGUUCGUUUUCUCGUUAGCUUUUCAGACCGGAGCUGCUAGUAAUGAGAGGCUCUGAUUUAAUUUGAAGCCCUAAAACGUGUAGAAUUGUGUUGAAAAUACAGAGCAGAGGGGCGGUUUAGAUACAGAACGUUCAUGCAGGAACAUCAUCCAAAACCGUCCAAUCAGUGAGUAAACCAGUAAAACCAGUCCACACUUGGGCUGGUAUAAAACCAAAUCAAGGUUCAGAUGACACUAGAGAGAACUUUUCCACUCAGGAGUCCAAUGUGCUUUACACCAGGUUUUUGUAAUGUUAAUUUUGGGAGUUUUUUAUAAUCCCAACACACCUGAUUCAGCUGAGUAUUAAUCAUGUGAUGCUGCUUGAUCAUAUGACACUGCAUUGCAUCUUGUCAGCUUAAGCUGACUGGCUACAUGUGUCUUGGAGAAAGCACGUGAUAGCCUGUACUCUAUAAGACUGGUGGCUAAGUGAGUGAGCAAGUGAGCAACUGAGUGAAUGAGUGGGUGAGCAACUAAGUGAGUGAGUGAAUGAAUGGGUGAGCAAAUGAGUGAGUGUGUAAGCAACAGAGUGAGUGACUGACUAAUUGAGUGUGUGUGUGUAUGUGUAUGAGUGAGUGAGUGAGUGAGUGACUGUGUAAGUGUGUGUUUGACUGAGUGUGUGAGUGAGUGAAUGAGUGAGUGUGUGAGUGAGUGAAUAAGUAGCUGUGUGUGAGUGAGUGAGUGAGUGAGUGACUGUGUAAGUGUGUGUUUGACUGAGUGUGUGAGUGAGUGAAUGAGUGAGUGUGUGAGUAAGUGAAUAAGUAGCUGUGUGUGAGUGAGUGUGUGACUAAGUGACUGACUGAGUGUGUGUAUGAGUGAAUGAGUGAGUAAAUGAGUGAGUGAGUGAAUGAGUGAGUGAAUGUGUGAGUGAGUGAAUGAAUGAGUGAGUGAGUGAAUGAGUAAGUGAAUGAGUGAGUGAGUGAGUGAAUGAGUGAGUGAAUGGGUGAGUGAGUGUGUAAGCAAAUGAGUGAGUGACUGACUGACUAGGUAAGUGUAAGAGUGAGUGACUUACUAAUUGAGUGAGUGAGUGAAUGAGUGAGUAGGGGAAUGAGUGAGUGAAUGUGUGUGAGUGAGUGAGUGACUAAGUGUGAAUGAAUGAAUGUGUGAGUGUGAGUGAGUGAAUGAGUGAGUGUGUAAGCAAUUGAGUGAGUGAGUGAGUGAGUGAGUGACUGACUAGGUAAGUGUAAGAGUAAGUGACUUACUAAUUGAGUGUGUAUGAGUGAAUGAGUGAAUGAAUUAGUGUGUGUGUGACUUACUGAGUGUGUGAGUGACUGAGUGAGUGACUGAGUGAGUGAGUGACUGAGUGUGUGAGUGAGUGAAUGAGUGAGUGAGUGAAUGAGUGAGUGAAUGAGUGAGGGACUGAGUGUGUGAGUGAAUGAGUGAGUGAGUGAAUGAGUGAGUGAAUGAGUGAGUGACUGAGUGAAUGAGUGAGUGAGUGAAUGAGUGAGUGACUGAGUGUGAGUGAGUGAGUGAGUGACUGAGUGAGUGACUGAGUGACUGAGUGAAUGACUGACUGAGUGAAUGAAUGAGUGAGUGACUGAGUGAGUGAGUGAGUGUG